AUGGCACCAAAGAAAGCAAGUGGUAGUGCGAGUACCGAGAAGAGGAGGAUGAUGUCCCUCGAAAUAAAGCUUGAAAUCGUCGAGAAGCAUGAGCAAGGCAUGCGAGUAAAGGAACUGGCCAAGCACUACGACCGUACAACGUCAACGAUCUGCACCAUCUUAAAGCAGAAGGAGUCCCUAAAGAAAAUUAAGCCAGCCAAAGGUGUCAAGAUUAUUUCAAAGCGCCAUACAGAUGUGCAUGAGAAGAUGGAGAAUCUGCUGUUGGUGUGGCUGACGGAAAAACAACUUGCCGGAGAUAGCGUCACCGAGGGAAUAAUCUGCGAGAAGGCGCACAGUAUUUUUUCAGAUUUACAACUGCAAACCCCAGGCACUUCAAUGGAGGAGGAAUCCUUUAAAGCCAGUCGGGGCUGGUUUGAUAAUUUCAAGAAAAGGACUGGGAUUCACUCCGUUGUAAGGUAUGGUAAAGCAGCAAGUGCUGAUGUAAAGGCAGCAGAGGAGUUCGUGAAAACUUUCGCAGAAUUCGUCGAGGCAGAAGGAUACAUCCCCCACCAAAUCUUCAACUGUGACAAGACAGGGCUGUUCUGGAAGAAGAUGCCGAGGAGAACAUACAUCACCGAAGAGGAGAAGAUGAUGCCAGGACACAAACCUAUGAAGGAUAAGUUGACCCUCGCCCUCUGUGCCAAUGCGAGUGGCGACUGCAAAAUAAAGCCGCUACUCGUAUACCAUUUGGAGAACCCCAGAGCCUUUAAAGCACACAAGGACAACAACCUGCCCCUGCGAGCCCUUCUCGUCCUCGACAAUGCUCCUGCACAUCCACCACAGAUCGAGGAAGAAAUACUCGAUGAGUAUAAUUUUGUGAAGGUUCUCUACCUUCCUCCAAACACCACCCCUAUCCUCCAGCCAAUGGACCAACAGGGGGUUACGAAAAGGACCUUGACCUCUGCUUGGAAGAAGCUGUGGCCUGAAAAUGUGGCUGAAAGAGAUUUUGAAGGGUUUGAGAUUGAGGAAGAAGAGGAGCCAGUGGAGGAAGAGAUCGUGUCCAUUGGCAAGACUAUAGGUCUGGAGGUGGAUGAAAGAGACAUUGAGGAACUCGUUGAGCAGCACUCCAAGGAACUUACGACUGAUGAGUUACAAGAGCAACGGCACACAGAAUCAUUAACUGAAGCUACUCUGGAGGAAGAGGAGACAGAGCCGGAGAUAAUCAGUACAAAAGACCUCAAGGAUAUUUUGGUAAUGUGGGAGGGGGUGGCAGGUUCUGUUGAAAAGAACCAUCCUGAAAAAAUUGCAAUGAGUUGUGCGACAGAGCUUUUCAACGACGCGUGCCUACGUCGUUUCAGAAACAUUCUCAAAGGGAGAAUGAAACAGACUUCCUUAGACAUGUUUCUUAAGAAAAGGCCUUCAGCUCGAAGUGAGCAAAGUGUGGCAAAAAGGCCAAGAACUAGUGAAAGUGAAGAGUGA